AUGAUUGUAUACAAAGAACUAACAAAAACCACUGAAAAUUUUGUGUCACAGGAAAACCGUAGAUUAUGGCAAGAUUUACAAUAUGCUUCAAUGCCAUACAGCAGAUUUAUCUUGAGUGGACUACGAGGUGAAACAAAAACAUUCAGUUGA